AAAAGCCUGUCUCUACGUCCAGUCGGUGAUUUACAUGUCUUCUUCGAAGCCUCUCCGCACACCAUACGAUGCUACCAGCAUCUCGGAUUUGGUCGGUGCCGUGCUAACAAACUCCACUCAGUUCAUGGUGCACUAUACAUUCCACUCGGUUGAUAGUGGACGGCGACUCCACUUGGUUCAAAGCGGACUACAUGUCCUCCAUACUAUCACACUACGGCCUGAAACGCCAGAGGAUGCCUUCCUAUCUGGGCUGUUGCAAUCUGGGGGCCGGAAAAGCGGCUCCAUAGUAUUACAACUCGAUCGCGAUACAGUACAGGCUGUUAUACUCGCCUCGCCCCGUCUCGCUUGUAAUACAUACGAGCCGUAUUGCCGUACAGCGCGUCAUGAUUCAGAUUCACUACACAGGCUGUGUCCGGACCACGAAUGUCCCAGAGAGUAACGCCGUGCCCUCUCCUGUCAGGAUACCUCAGGUAGUUGCUAAACGAAGCCGCGUUCAGGUACCGCAAUGGACUGCCAGUCAUUGGAAUGCGGGCAGUCUAGCCUCGACUUCACAUCGUCAAAGGUCAACAACUGGACAUCUGUGAUACGUGUUUGAUGCAGUGAUCAGGCCGACCUCCUGAAGGGGUGGUGCUCAAGCAGCUUUUUGUAAGACGGGGUAAUUAACUUUCAUUGUACUUCAAUCAAACAUGACU